AUGGCUUUUGUGGUAGGUCAAGGGGGCAAGAACCUGGUGUUAUCUUCUGCUAUCAAGAAAUGGAAGGAUUUCAAGUCUACACUAACGAGGCAUUAUAUCCUUCCAUACAUCAAGGAGAGGGAGAAAUUAAGCCAACCCCCUGAACUAUAUAAAUUCAUAGAGAAAGCAGAAUGGGAUGCCUUUGUGGCUUCAAGAAAACUUGAGUACAAUCAUCGAUUGUCUCGAAAAGGAUAUGCUGGUUUGGAGGAUCAAUUGGAGGAAACCAUGCCUGGGGUAGAAAUUGAUCGAUCUACCUUAUGGAAGAAAGCUAGACAAGACAAAGAUGGUAACAUCCCUAAUCCAAAGGUGGUAGAGAAAGCAAAAUUAAUUCAUAAGACGUCGGUGUUUUAUUUAUUGCGUCGUUUGAAUAUAUUACUACGUCGAGAUGUUUUAAAAACGUCGUUACAGGAUGAAUUGCAAAAACAAGUCGCUGAAGGCAGUCUCAGUGUAUCUGGCAGUAAUGUUGUGUUGACCUUGGCUUUGGGUCCCGAGCAUCUAGGGAGAGUAAGAGGGGUAGGUGCUGGGAUUUCCCCUAGGCAAUACUUCAAUUUACCUAGACAACAGAGGGUAAAGUUUGCCGAUCAAUUAAAGGAAAGUGUAAGAAUUGUCCUUCAAGAAGAGACUAAGAAGAUGGAAGCUAGAUCAAGGGAAGAGACUUUAAGGAUGGAGGCUAGAACCAAGCAAUUGGUAGAGGCUGAGAGGGAACAUUUACUGAGUCAACUUUCCCAACUCAUCCCCAAUUUUGAUCCAAGCAUGCUUAAACCGAAAACUAGCCCCUGUUAA